UGAGGAUUUGAAGCUAUCAAUUGCGAGAAACCUUUUCUCUCUCUCUCUUCUCUUCAUGUUGUGAUUUUAUGUAGCGCUUGGUUUCUGGAUCAUUAGUGAUUGCUAUCUCUUUAGUGCCAGCACUGCAGUUUCUAUGGUGACGUUGUAUACUGUUUCUGUUUGAUCAGAUCAGAUAUCACUCAGUCCUGAUGAGCCUUUUGAAAAGUUGGGAAGAAGCCGCUAGAAUAGAGUGUGGCUACUCUUCGUCUCCAAACUACGAAGCAAUACGGUCUAUAGUAGCAACUGAGAACCAGUCUGAGGCCAAUAGCUCUUUACAUCUCAAUGGAAAUCAAGCAUCACUGAGAGAGAAAAGGCUAAAUGAUCAAGACGUUGAAGUCCUCAGUCAUUGCCUCAUUGAUGGCAGUGUAAUACUCCUUAGUCUUGUUCUAAGUUAUAACAGGAUCACUGAUAAAGGAGUGGAGCACAUUGCCCAGUACAUUAAAGAAGUUAAAUGUCCAUUGCAGCAUCUUGACCUUUCAUACAAUGACAUUUCUGUUGAUGGUAUAGCUCUCAUUGCUGAUGCUUUGCAGUUCAAUACAUCGCUGCAACAUGUUUCGCUGGAUGGUAACCUCCUUGAGAAAAAGGGAGGCCUGGAUUUGGCUGCCAUGUUACAAGUCAAUACUACUCUCACUCACCUAACCCUCUCAAACACUCACCUACACACUGACUGUAUCAUUGCCAUGGCGACUGUCCUUCAUGGCAACCAAACCAUCCAAUGCCUUGAUCUUUCAAGGCCAUUGGUUCAUAGCUGCUUAGAAGAGUCAACAAUUCACAUAAGCAAAAUGUUAAAGAUUAGCUGUACUCUUAAAGAGAUUCAUCUUUCUAAGCAUGAUAUGACUGAUACUGGAGUUAAGUGGAUGGCAACGUGUCUAAUGGAGAAUCCAAACUCAUCACUAACACACUUAGACCUGAGCUGUAACAAGCUUUCCAGAGAUGGUGCUUCACAUAUUGCAGAAUUCCUCCUUACAAACCCACCACUUGAAGUCCUUAACCUAAGUUGUAAUAGGAUCGAGUCUGAGGGUCUCAUUUCGCUCAGUAAUGCACUCCAGUCUGGCAAUAACAGGCUGAAAAGUUUGUUAGUCAUUAGUAAUGAUAUUCAUGAUGCUGGCCUCCUGGCUGUUGCAAAUCUGAUGCAAGUAAACAGUGUCUUAUCCCAGCUCCAUAUAUGGGGUAAUAAGUGGACAACACCAACUUGUGAUGCUUUUAGGGAGCUACUUAAAACAGGACGGCUGCAACCAGGAGACAUUGAUGUCAAUUUCUAUGAAGUAGACGGAGUCACACUUUUAGCUAGAACUCUUCAGGAAGCUUUAUAAAUUAUAAUAAACAUUAAAUUAAUUAUCAACACAGAAAAUAAUGUGAAGCCUUUUAAUUUUAGUUUAGGCAUGGUUAUGGCUUCUCACUU